AUGUCAUGGAGGUUUGGCACUGUCAGAAGCUUUGGAAGUGCCGAGUGGUAUGGGGAUUGUAUUGCCAACCCCAGUGAGGAAGCUUUUCUUGGGUGGCUGUUGAGUUAUGUAGGUACUUGUCGUGAGAUGAAGACGUUGUCCAAUUUUCUUUGUAUUGAUGAUGAUGAAAAUUCGUCGGUAAUAUCGCUCGUACUAAGUAUGUACCGAGUUGCGGAAUGA